AUGGUAUCCAAAAAGCCAGCUAAAGAAAAAAAAGCAACCAAUGGUGCUGCUGAUGGAAAGAAAAAAAGAAAAAAGUCCAGAUAUGACAGCUAUGGACUUUACAUAUUUAAAGUUUUGAAACAAGUCCACCCAGACACUGGUAUUUCAAGAAAAUCCAUGAACAUCAUGAACUCCUUCCUUGUUGAUACCUUCGAAAAAAUCGCAACUGAAGCUUCAAGAUUAUGUAAAUACACCAAAAGAGAUACCUUAUCAUCCCGUGAAAUCCAAACUGCUAUAAGAUUAGUAUUACCAGGAGAAUUAGCAAAACACGCUGUAUCUGAAGGAACCAAAGCUGUUACAAAAUUUACCUCCAAAUAA